AACUGCCCACUCAGCCCACUCAAAUCUUUCAUCGUCUUCUUCACGAGAAUCUUCUGAUAAAAUUCUCAAGAACCCUAAUUUCUUCAGAUCUUCUCAAAUUUCUGAGAAAAUGAAGAUUGUUGGCGCUAAUACCCAUUUCCAGAAGUUGGAAGCCAAGUGCUCCUCAUCAACGUUCUAUCAAUCCUAUCUGAAGAUGAUUGCUGCUCAAGAACUCUCCGAAUUUCUUCAUAUGGAGAUUCGAUUCAAGUAUGAGAACGAAGUUCUUGAAUUCUAUAAACACGGAAAGGUCAAGACUGUCAAAUCGAAGAAGGACCCACAAAGGACGAUUCAACUCAUCAAUUACACUGUUGGAGGGACAAAAGUGACGCUUUCGCAGAAGAAAUUGAGAGAAAAGCUUCACCUUCCCAACUCUGGAGUUGAAAUUGGGAGACUUCCACCCAAAAAUCUGGAUUGGAGCGUUAUUGGAAUUUAUGGGCAAAAUCCCUCUGGCCCAGCGAAGAAAGCUCAUCUGAACAACGACUACAAGCUUGUCCUUGAACUGAUUAUCGCAUGCCUCGAAUGUGGAAGUGGAGGACAUGCUGAUGACAUCACCCAAGAGAGGGCCUUCAUCAUCAAUGCCCUCAUUACCAAGUCUAAGGUAAAUUGGGCUGCUCAUUUCUUCAAUUCAAUCUCAAAGCACCUGGGAAACCCCAACCAGAAAUACCUUUGUCAAGGUCUGUACAUUGGACUUAUCUUGGAGUCCUUGGGUGCUGCUUCUAAAGGAAAGAAGUAUGAAGCCAGAUAUUGGCUGUACUAUCUGUCUUCCAAAGGGGAAAACAGAGCUGGUGCUAGCACAACUGCAGAAGAAAGUUCUUCAGACAAUGUUCUUAUCAUGAGUCUGAACAAAUCAGUAAAGAGGAAGCAAGUGGUGUCUCCCUCUCCCAGUACUGAAGCACCACAGAAUCUUGCUCCAAUAAAUCUUGAAGAAGAAGAAGAAUCCUCUGAGCAAGAAGAACUACAAAGGAAAAAGAAGAGGAAGAUCACCUCUCCCUCAACAUCUGGACAUAAUUCUCCAACUUCCUCACAACCUCAAGUAGAUGAUGCUGAGAAUCAAUUCUGGCAGCUCUACUAUGACUGGAGAGCUUGGAAAGUUGGAAAUUCAGCAGAACAGUUGCUGAGUUGGGACCAGCAAUUGAAGAAUGAGAAGAUCAUCAAGAAAUGUUUAGGUCUGCCUGUCAACUAUUGCUGUGAGCAAAUCCUGGAUGUUGACUGGGUAUGGCAAAGAAAUUAUGAAGAUUUGCAUCUGGAACACUUGGUCACCUCACCAAUUUCAGAGUUUGAGGUGGAUGAUGAGGAUCCUGCAGUAUACAAACCAGUCCUCUCAAAAACCACAGAAGAUCAGGUGGUUCUCACUUCUGAAGCACAAGCUAACUUGGAAACAACACCUGAGGAUUUCCAAAUAUUUCCAGAAGCCUCAUAUGCCUUUGAAGUUGUUCCACCUGAAGCUGAAGUCUCUACACCAAAACAGAACCAGGAAGGAUCAAAUGAAGAAUUCCAGCAACUUCUCCAUUCUGAAGCUUUAGAGAUUCUCACAAACCCCUGUGAAAUCACCAACCCCACUGAAGCAAAGAUCCCGGAGGAGUCAACAGAAAAUCUAGAGAUGUCCAAAAUCCCAGAAACAAACGAAUCUCAAGAAGAGCAAGCUGUAGAAACCCAGAGAAGUUCUGCAAAAGCUGAGAAGGAAACUCAAAUGGCAGAACUGGAGGCCUCCAAAUCUCCAGUAACCAACUUCCAUUUACAUAGUUCUUCCAUUCCUACUUUUCCGGAUGAGGUACCGGAAAUCUGGACAAAGAAGGUCCAAGGGCUGAUUGACUCAGCCCUAGCAACUCAACAUGCCUCCUUUAGGCAAGAGAUAGAGCAGAUGGAGGCCAGGCAAAACAAACUGAUUGAUAAAUCCGAAGAAACACAUUGCUCCAAUCUUAAGGAGAUAAGCAAAUCUGUGGAUAAGACUCUAGAGAUCUUAUCUCUAUUGAGUAACACUGUGAGCAACACGAUGGAGACAUAUGCAUCGGAUAGUUAUCUCCAACUCAAGGAGGCUAACAACAUCAAAGAGCAAGUAGCAAAUGUCACAAUCAGUCUACAAAAACAAAUGUCCAUUCUCCAAAUGGACAUCAGAGCAGCUUUGGCAGUGUCUUCAGCAGAUCAAGUAGUAACCAAAGACUACUUGAAAAGAAGCAAUCCGGAAAACUCAACACAACGCUUAUCCAGCUCCGGAUUGGAUGGAACAGAGGCUGUAGGAACAAUUGCUGCUCACUUCUCAAAUGAAAUUCAAACAGAGGAGAGACGAAACAACAUAAGGCGCAUCAAGGAACUAUGUGGAAGCAUGCAAGGCACCAGGGAGAUUGCCGAAUCUUCAAGGCGCAAGAAGCACUGAAGGUUUUCUUCAUCAAAUCAGGGGGAAAGUAUGUGAAAACAUUAAUUUGCUUUGAUGAAAACACCUUCUUGUUUAAACAUUGCUCUAUUGGUUUAAACAUUGCCUUAAUAUUUCUCUUAAUUGUGCUCACUAUGCUUGAUUAUACCUAAUUCAAGUAUGUUUUUGAGUUUUAUUCUUAGCGCAUACAUUGAGGGGGAAUGUAUUUCAAGGGGAACUUAACCAGUUUUUGGCUAACAAUUGUUUUUGGCAAUGAAUUAUUGAUAAGCUC